UCUAAAUUAAAACUGGCUGGUUUCACCUAAGUGUCGCAGUCGAUGCAACAAUUCAUAAUCUUAAUGUGGUUGAAAAUUGGGCGCCUCCUUUUCAACUUCAAGGCUGCUGCUUUUUAUUAUUUCCUUCCGUGUUUGAUGCGAUCAUCUUGGCCUGACACUGGAUUUCAGAGAUCAUUUGUAGUUUCAUUCUGUGUGUCAUCAUCAGAAAUCAGAGAGGACGUCGACAGACCGAAGAGUUUGAUCUGCAUGCAAACCCGCAACAAUUGAUCAAUGCAUAAUUGCAGUUGUGCAAUUUAAAGCUUAAAACUGAAAUAUAAAUUUUUACUUUUCUUUGAAGAUAACAUAUUAUCAUAACGUGAGACCGAAGACAUGGUAUCUGUGAAAGGUUUGUUGCAAUUCUUUAGUGGAAUCCUCAGCUUCGGUAUGUGUUUUGGGAAAUAUUUUACCCUUGUUCCUGCCAAUACUGACAAAAGAAGCCCGUCUGCUCCAAUCAGUCUUGAGGCGGCUGAAACUGUUCUUCAUUGUGCAACGCUGUGUGAUUUGUUCCCAUCGUGCUACAGUUUUACGUUUUCUAAAAGUGUCUCAACGGAGAAUUGUCGUCUGCUUUCAUUAUCCGCAACGUCAUCAGCGUUUACUACAAGCGAUCCAGGAAAUAAACAUUAUAAACGAGAAAUUGACUGUGGUAAAUGUUCAAUGAACUACACAAUGGCAAUGGACACUUCUUAUGAUUGUCAACUUCAACAGGAAAUCCCUCACCAUAAUGGUUGGGCUAAGGGCAGCGUGAGAUCAAUCUCCUCUCUAGUUCUGAAUGGUAAUGGCCAGGAGUUUGUGGCGACCUCUAGCGGAUGCAAUACCAUACAGAUGUUCCAGUGUUUAGAAUUUUACUGGUAUUCUAACGGCCCUGCAAUGUUGAAAGUGACCGCAGGCUCAGGAAGUAAUCCAACGACUUAUUUCAGUCAGACCGUCCCAGAGGGCGAAGAUGUUCACUAUGAGUUAAAACGCAUUGAUGUAGCGGCUUUUCACAGCUCACUGGUUCGCUUUGUUGGAUUCAAAACCUUAACAUCUGGAGGCGGACAGUAUCCGAUCGGGAUAUAUCUCAUCAGAAUGGUUGACUGUCCAUGUUCUUGCAUCACAUGAGGAAAUUUCUAAUAAGAUUUCUCCCUGAAGGAAGACUGGACACUGUACACAUGUUGGUGACCUUUAUUGGAGAUACAACUUUGUAACAAACAAGAACUUGUGAAAUCAAAUGUAUAAUGACACAUGUUUAAAAUGUACAUAUAUACGACAGAAACAUAUUACUGUCAAUGUACAAUAUGAUUACUUAUAUAAUGCUCACUCAUUUUAGUACGUGGGCUGUUUAAUAUCAAUUUGAUAUUAUAUAAUAACUUCUAUUAUUUCGUUUCCGGUGAAUUACAAUAUGUACAUGUGUGUACAUGGUGUGAAGGAUUUAUGUCAACGACAGGGUCGAAAUUAUUGUAAGCAAGGUUCAUGUCAUUUUAGAAUAAAACGAAUUUCAUACUUGAAA